AUGAUGACAACCAAACAAGAGAAAAAUGCUUCUCCUGAAAACAAGAAACUGAAUCAAUUAAACAAAGACGGAGCAACACCAUCUAGCCAACAACAGCAUACAAGUAAAGUGGAGCCCAACAAUACUGCUUCUUUUCAUCAGCAUACCAUGAACUUUUUAUAUCAAGCUGCAAAUUUUAUGGCUCAUCGCGGAGCUAAUUGCUUCGACUUGAAACAAGAAAACACCUCAAAUAUUACCACGUCGGAUCUGCAAGUAAGCAAACAUUACUCGAAUACAAUGAAGAAAAUAGCAAAGAAAAAUGUUCUGAGACUUCAUUCCAAUAUCAAACGAACUGUUUGUAAAAAGUGUGGAAUGGUUUUUAUUCCAGGAAAAACAUGUACAGUGAGAGAGAUUGAAAAUGAAAAUAACAAACAAAUAUAUACAGAGUACAAGUGCAAUUCAUGUCAAUUUUCGAAAAGAUACCUAAUCCCCAAGAUCAGUAACCGAUAG